AUGGCAGUCUUGUUCAGAGCUCUUCUUCUUCUUCUCCCUCUCCUAUUUGUCUCUGCGUUUGCCAGAAUUCCCUUCUUCGACCCAUUCAAUUCAUUUCUACCCAACCCCGGGUACAAUGAACCGUACCCUGAUGCCACGACCGAUGCACUUGAGAAACCAGAUGUCGAGACCAGCUUCCUCGGAGCUUGGAAGAUAGAUUCUGAGAAUGCCGGUGUCUCGGCCAUGCAUAUACAAUUGCUGCCAAACAAUAAGGCUGUUUGGUUUGACACCACCGAUCUCGGUCCUUCGGCGAUUAAAUUGCCUCCGGGACAGUGUCGUGUCGUUGAUGCUGAGAAGAACAUCGUGGAUUGCUGGGCUCAUGGUGUUGAAUAUGAUAUUGAGACUGCAAAUAUCAGGACGUUAAAGCCUGUUUACACAAAGGAGGUGGCAGCUAGGCGCCCCAUGCUGAGCGCCGAUAUUGUCGGCUUAAGAGAGUUGGAGACGCUGAAGUAUGGUGCCGCAGGUGCAGCUGUUAUGCUACGCUGCGCAAGAGGGGUUGUUGUACUGAUUACAAGUGAUACAUGGUGCUCAGCCGGAGGCCUCAGCCCCGACGGUGACUUAAUCAACGCUGGCGGUGCUAAUGGAGGUAUAAGAGGCCUUAGAAUGAUUGCUCCGUGCGAGGACUGUGAGUUCAAGGAAAACCCAGCUGCACUCUCUGCUGAAAGAUGGUAUUCCACUACACAAAAGCUAGAAGAUGGUAGAUUUGUGGUCGUCGGAGGUCGCUGGGCAAACAACUACGACAUCAUUCCACCAAACUCACUGAAUUUUCCGAUCAAGCAGAUUGGUCUUCCCUUCCUCGAAGACACCACGGAUGCCCAUGAGAACAAUCUCUACCCUUUCGUUUACCUUAUCCCCGAUGGAAACCUCUUCAUUUUCGCCAACAACCGGGCCAUCAUCAUCGACCCUAACACCGGAAAAACCGUCCGGGAGCUUCCGGUCUUGCCAGGUGGUGCCCGAAACUACCCGUCUUCCGGCAUGUCUGCCCUUCUUCCAAUAACCCUUAAUUCCAAAAACCCUAACGCCAUUGAUGUGGAAGUCUUGGUCUGUGGUGGGAAUAAACCCGAAGCUUAUCAACUCUCCAUGAACGAGCCGAGAAAGUUUUUGCCAGCACUGCAAGAUUGUGGCCGAAUAAGUGUCACCAAAAAAAAUGCUAAAUGGGAGAUAGAGGAGAUGCCAUCCCGACGAGUCAUGGGAGAUCUGCUGAUUCUUCCUACCGGAGAUCUUCUAAUGAUCAACGGUGCACAGGCCGGGACAGCGGCUUGGUUUCAAGCCGAUAUCCCGAACCUGACGCCGGUGAUUUACAGCCCCAGGAAGAAUAGAGGUGAAAGGAUGAAGGAACUUGAACCCACGACAAUUCCCAGAAUGUACCAUUCAUCAUCUGCGGUGUUACCAGAUGGGCAAGUUUUAGUUGCAGGCAGUAACACAAACCCUAAUUAUGACUUCAACGCCAAGUUUCCGACCGAAUUGAGAGUCGAAAAGUUUGCACCUCCUUACUUGGAUCCAGAACUCAAUUCAUACAGGCCAGAAAUCGUCGAAGAUUAUUCCGACAGUCAGUUGAAUUAUGGGCAGCAAUUCAAGCUUCAUAUCGUGUUUAAUUGGGAUCAAGUCGAGGAUUCAGAUAUUAAGGUGAUGAUGUUAUCGCCACCCUUCACAACACAUGGGUUUUCUCAGAAUCAGAGAAUGCUUGUUUUGGGAAAAACAAUGGUGACGAGAAUGCUAGUCAUGGCGGUGGCACCAUCAUCAGGAACACUUGCUCCUCCGGGCUACUAUCUGCUCUUCGUUGUUCAUCGUGGUGUGCCUAGCCGUGGAAUGUGGGUUAAGAUUCAGUAG